AUGGCCACAACGCAGACUCAGGCCGAGGAGCUGCCCUGGUUCCUGAGGACUUCGUAUCCCGUCCUCUUCCCCUCACACGAAGCCCUGUUCAAGUCAUCUGCCGAAUAUGACAGCUUCCUCGUCAAUGAGCUGCGGGGCUUGCACAGAGUCGUGUCGCUAGAGUCCCUGGAAGACUCCAUGGACGGCGUCACGCUCACUGCUGAAGAGAAGCAAUCAAUACGAAAGGACUGGAAAAAUGGCGACGAAAAGUACUUCAAUCUCAUGUUAACGGAGAAUUCGGACGUUGCCUUUCGGUCUACCAAAAGCCCCGUGGUCGACCUCUUUUACGAGCUGGAGGACGUCGUUUCCGGUCCACGCUUGAAGGAGCUUCUCGAUGCCGCAUGGGCUGAACAGCCACUGGCUACCUUGAAGAUCAUCUUCAAUGCACGAUCUAUACACUUGGGCAAGAGCUCCAAGCACGUUUUCUACCGCGCUGCUGGGUGGUUGGCGGAACAUCAUCCUCUUACGCUGGUCGGCAAUCUACGGUGGCUGAGCCGCCCGGUCAUCGAGAAGAAGGUGAGAAAGGAGGACGGGAAGGAUGCUGAAGAGGGGUUCGUCAAGGUGGAGAAGCGGGAUGGGGUUGAGAAUGCUGUAGAUCGAUACGAUGUUCGAUAUGGAGUUUCGCAUGGCUACUGGAAGGACUUACUGAAUAUUCUGGCCUUGGCAGCGGAGAAGAAGUUGAAGGUACUUGAGAAUCCGAAAGAUGUGUUGAAUGUGGAAGAUGAGGCUAUCAAGUCAAAGGCUAUUAGCCGGCGAAAGCAGAAACAGAAUGCUGCAGGUUCCGCAACCAGUGGAAGGACGCCAAAGCGGAUUGUCAAGGCAAAGAAGGGAAAAGUCGAAAAGAAGGAAAAGGAAAUUGCGGAGAUUGAGCAUGUCCUAGAGGAAAAGACGGUGCACAUUGGAAAUCAAAGCGUUGCCAAACAUGCGGCGAGAGAUGCUCGACACGAGGCUCUCAAAGACCUCUUUGACAACAACGCCUUUUACCGAACGCUGCAUAUCACAGUGGCUCGACUGUUUGCCGAACAGCUUCAUUCCGACUUGGAAGCCCUUCGAAGCUCGGAUCCCAAGGCCAAGAGGAGCAUCUCGCUCUGUGCGAAAUGGGCUCCUUCGCAUGGCAACUUCCACGACAGACAUACCUGCGUCAUCAGCUCCAUCGCCGAGAUCCUGUACCCGCGAGAGUCUCUCGGCAGUGCCGUCUCUGCGUCAACGAGCCGAGAAGUGUAUCUUCGAUAUGCCCGCGAGCAAUACCGCAAAGACAUGUCCGCCCUGAGGAAGCACCUCGAGGUUGUGGAGCGGGAUAUCAGCGCAAACACGUUUGACAAGAUCAAGUAUGACCGCGUGCCGUCUAUUGCGAUGAAGAACUACACGAAUCUCUUUGUCAAGAAGGAUUUGGACCAUUUCCGCGGGUAUAUCAACAAGGUGGCUGAGGGGAAGGCCAGGAUUUCCGGCGCUGUUUUGAUGCCUUCUACGUUGAUCAAGGCUGUAUCUAGUCUCGCAGCGUAUGACGGCAGAGACCUGGAAGGGUUGACUGCGGACGAACUGGUCGACCGCACUGUCAAGGAGAUUAAGGCAAAGGCUGUCAACGGCCAGUGGAAGGCUCUCGUCCAGCGGAUCAAGGAUUCUGGUAGUUUGUCGUCUUGCAUCGCUGUAUGCGACGUCUCCGGGAGUAUGGGUAGUCCCACAUUUAGUGACAAGACGACGCCCAUGGAUUCUGCAGUUGGCCUGUCUCUCUUAGUCGCCGAGGUGACUGAGCCUCCAUUCGGCGGCAACUUCAUCUCGUUCCAUUCUCAUCCCCAAAUGAUAUCCAUCGACACGACAAAGACGCUGCCGGAGAAAGUCGCCCAUAUUAAGCAAUCAGACUGGGGAUUCAACACAGACUUUGUCGCUGUCUUUGAAAAGCUCCUUCUUCCAACAGCCAUUGCGAAUGAUCUCAAGCAAGAGGAUAUGGUGAAGCGCGUGUUUGUCUUUAGCGACAUGCAGUUUGACCAGGCGGAAAUGGAAUACUCCGAUGACAAGAGGCAGGAUCCGUGGUCUGCGUCUUCUUACGAGAGGAUCAAGAAGAAGUACGAGGAGCACGGCUACGAGAUGCCCGAGUUGGUGUUUUGGAAUCUCGCGGGUGGAAGGGCGGGCUAUAAUGCCGGCGGAGGCGAUGAGACUGCGCCGAAGCCUGUGCUUGCGGAAGAGAUGGGCACGGCGUUGGUGAGUGGCUAUUCGCAGGGCAUGUUGAAGGUGUUUAUGGACAAUGGAAUGUUUGACGAAGAGGAGGAGGAGGAGGAGGAGGAGGAGGAUGAUUUUGAGAAGAUGGACGAGGAGGGCAAUGAAGAGAAGAAGCCUGAAAAGGUAGCGAAGAAGAAGGAGAAGAUAAAUCCGUUGUCGAUGGUGAAGAAGGCAAUUUCCCAUAAGGGUUACGCCAUGCUGGAAGUAUUAGAUUGA